CUCGAGACCGGCAAGGCGCCAGAAUUGAACCCCACCAGCUGCCAACAUGUCCCUCUCGAACGACGAGUUCUUACAAGAACUCGGGCAGCUCUUCAAAAGUCCAGCAGGCGGGACGGUCUUUCUGACCCAGAAGCGCUAUACAUUUGGUGCAGACGCUUCGAGCAGUACUCAGUCUGGUUAUCCAUGCAUCAUCAGAGCAACAAAUGGCAAGAAGGUCAAGCUAUCCACACUGGUCCAGCCGAGCGAUUCGGUGAGCUUCCAGGUCAAGUACGCUGCGCUGCUGCGCACGAAUAUGACGACCCUCAGGCCGAAAGACCGGCCAGCACGCAAGAAGCGUGUCUUGCUCGAAGGCAAGGGCGACAAGCCACAAUUUAUCAAGGUCAACAGGGAGCACAAAGGACAAUCUGCUGCUGCCAAAGCGCUGAGCAAGGGAAAGCUACCCAAAGUGCGAGGAUCUGCCCGAGGAGCGGGUCACAAGAUGCGCCAACGAACGAUGAAGAAGCGCCUCGAAUCGAUCGAGAAGCUCAAGAAGAUGAGACUCUUGCAGCUCCAGCGAGAGCGAGCAAAGAGAGGCAUCUUUCCUGUAUCGGCAUAGAUUGCAAAAUGCAGUAUCACUUCUACAACA